AUGAACAACAGUGACGUCCACAGGAGGGAGAGAGAGGGAGAGAGAGAGGGUGGGAGGGAGGGGGAGAGAAGGGAUGGAGGUGAGGGGAGGAAGGGGGAAGGAGGGAGGGAGGGAGAGAGAGGUGGGGGAGGAAGAGAGAGGGGUGGGGUGAGGGGCAAGAAAGAGGGAGGGAGGGGGAGGGAGAGACAGAGACAGAGAGGGAGGGAGGGGGGGAGGGAGGGGGAGGGAGGGAGGGAGGGAGGGAGGGAGAGGGGGGAUAAAAGACAGAGGGCGUAGAAACAGAAAGGGAGAGAAAGUGAUACGGGAGCGGGGAGAGAGAGGGAGAGGGAGGGAGCGGGGAGAGAGAGGGAGAGGGAGGUGGAGAAAGAGAAAGAGAAGGGGGGGGGUGAGUGUAUUUACCUGUAUACCGCCUAGCUACCUGCCUGCUGCUGCUUAAUCUGAGCUGCAACAACACACUUACAGUAUGACAUCACCUAGUCCCUUCCUGAUCAUAGAAACCCAACCCUGCCAUUGGCAAAAUAUCUGCAAAACUUUCCGUUUGUUACUUUGAGAAAGAAAGACAAUGUGGAAGACACCAAACCCAAUGACAGGAAAUGGCAGUUCACGAACAUAGUCCAUUCCCUAUUGCAGGGUUCUUCAAUUCCAGUCCUGGAGGGCCGAAACACCUCUGUUUUUCAUCCUCUCCUUCUAAUCAGGGGCUAAUUCAGACCUGGGACACCAGGUGAGUGCAAUUAACUACCAGGUAGAAAUAAAAAACAGAAGUGUUUCGGCCCUCCAGGACCGGAAUUGAAGAACCCUGCCCUAUUGGAUGUCGUACCACAAAGAUGAUUGUUUUUCUGUCAGUUAUCAGUGUGCAAAAUCCUCAUGGGAACUGCUUGCUACCGUAACGUUAACAGAGCAAAGUAGGUGUACAAUAUUCAACGGCUGCAUCAUACAGCGUAAAGAUGUUUGCUUUAAUACCAGUUAGUAGUAACAAGACAUGAGGCUUGUCAUUGGCUCUAAGAAUUGGGUUAAUAUUUGCUUUCCUCAGGACAGAGUUCUGGAUAAAGUAAAUGGAAUGAUAGCAUGCCACAGAUGUGUCAAUCAUGUAAACAUAGGAGGGUAUCUCAGUCUAACAAACUCUUUCUGCUCUAAGAAGCGCAGAAUGAAAAUAAAUCUGCACAGGCUGUAGACUGCCAUCUUUACUUUUCAUGUUCAUUAAAAGAUCAGGGAUCUUAUUCAUAAAGCAUCUGGGAGCAGGAGUGCACAAUCUUAUUCAUUAUGAUCGAAAAGGCAAAACUGAUCCUUGAUCAGCACUCUUACUCUGAAACGCUUUAUAAACCUGUUUUGUAUGCACCAGCACCUUCAUGUGUGACAUGUUUACACAACUCCCCCCCCCAGAAACAUAUAACACUAGGUACAUCUAUAGUGGAAGGCUAAUCAGCCAGGCCUCCUCUAAUGAGAAACAUUGCAGGCUUUAAGGUAGAAAACACAGUGGCCCAACACAUGAACAGGUACACAAACUAGAAACGUUGCAUUUGUUAUUAGUGUGAUAGAGUCCACCCUCUGAGACUAAUUUGUUAAAACUUUCUCUCUUUCUCUCUCUAUACCUCCCUCUCUCUCUCCUUACCUCAUCUAUACCUCCCUCUCUCACCCCUUCCUUACCUGCUCUAUAAUGCUCUCUCUCACCCCUUCCUUACCUGCUCUAUACCUCUCUCUCUCACCCCUUCCUUACCUGCUCUAUAAUGCUCUCUCUCACCCCUUCCUUACCUGCUCUAUACCUCUCUCUCUCACCCCUUCCUUACCUGCUCUAUACCUCUCUCUCUCACCCCUUCCUUACCUCCUCUAUACCUCCCUCUCUCACCCCUUCCUUACCUGCUCUAUAAUGCUCUCUCUCACCCCUUCCUUACCUGCUCUAUACCUCUCUCUCUCACCCCUUCCUUACCUGCUCUAUAAUGCUCUCUCUCACCCCUUCCUUACCUCCUCUAUACCUCCCUCUCUCACCCCUUCCUUACCUGCUCUAUAAUGCUCUCUCUCACACGUUCCUUACCUCCCCCUUCAGAAGUAAACUCAGAGUUCGUCCAUGUUCCGGCCGUGCUCCAUGGCGUCAAAGGGAAGUCCCUCCUCCUCUCCGUGGAGACUCACUUCCAAAAUAAGGAUGUUGAGAUCCAGGGCAGCUGGUACCAGACCCGGCCGGGGGGCCCCAAAACCCUCCUGGUGACCUUCCACAACCAUUCAGCCAUCAUGGUGGCCUCGAUGAGACACAGGAACCGCUUCUCCUUCCAGCCCCCCAAUGCCUCUCUCCUGAUCCCCAGGCUGGACAAGGCGGCGGAAGGGGACUAUCACCUGGACCUGGACAUCCACUUCCCCCAGAGACAGGAGCUUGUCAGGGUUGAGAGGACCAUCCAUGUCACCGUAGAUGGUGAGUUAGUGGUGGACACCAGGGAAUCUUGUGUCAUACUCUAUGUUAGCUUCGUUGAUUGACUAGCUAUACGUCUUAUAUCUGUUGUGUACAUAGGCUGAUCAUUGUGGAAUGAUGCAUGUAUGGAACAUUUCUGCCUGGCUGCAUCAAUACAAUUCCCAUGUACUUGGAAAGACUUACAGACCUUUCCCUUAAGUUGUUUAAUGGCCUGCAUUACAGUACUGUUCCUUUCAUCAUCAGUAUUCUCACUGUUCCAUCUCUCCCCUUCUCCAGUACCUGUGUCCACCCCUGUUAUCCAGAAGACCCCAUCUUCUACAGUCAUUGAGGACAAGGAGAACGUGACGUGGACCUGCUGGGUGGAGAAUGGGACCAGGGUCCAGUACCAGUGGCUGAGGAACAACAUGCCCCUAGAUGCUAGUGAUCGCCAUCAGUUCUCCCACAAUAACUCUACUCUGGUGAUAAGCCCUGUGAGGAAGAAGGACAUUGGACAGUACCACUGCCUAGCCAGGAACCACAUCAGCCAGAGACAGAGCCACACACAGGACCUCAGUGUAUUCUGUAAGUACUGUAGGUCUGUCUAAAACAGCACACCACUGUAGGUCAUGUCUAAAACAGCACACCACUGUAGGUCUGUCUAAAACAGCACACCACUGUUAGUCUGUCUAAAACAGCACACCACUGUAGGUCUGUCUAAAACAGCACACCACUCUUGGUCUGUUUAAAACAGCACACCACUGUAGGUCUGUCUAAAACAGCACACCACUGUAGGUCUGUCUAAAACAGCACACCACUCUUGGUCUGUCUAAAACAGCACACCACUGUUAGUCUGUCUAAAACAGCACACCACUGUUAGUCUGUUUAAAACAGCACACCACUGUAGGUCUGUCUAAAACAGCACACCACUGUAGGUCUGUCUAAAACAGCACACCACUGUAGGUCUGUCUAAAACAGCACACCACUCUUGGUCUGUCUAAAACAGCACACCACUGUUAGUCUGUCUAAAACAGCACACCACUGUAGGUCUGUCUAAAACAGCACACCACUCUUGGUCUGUCUAAAACAGCACACCACUGUUAGUCUGUCUAAAACAGCACACCACUGUAGGUCUGUCUAAAACAGCACACCACUCUUGGUCUGUCUAAAACAGCACACCACUGUUAGUCUGUCUAAAACAGCACACCACUGUAGGUCUGUCUAAAACAGCACACCACUGUAGGUCUGUCUAAAACAGCACACCACUGUAGGUCUGUCUAAAACAGCACACCACUGUAGGUCUGUCUAAAACAGCACACCACUGUUGGUCUGUCUAAAACAGCACACCACUGUAGGUCUGUCUAAAACAGCACACCACUGUAGGUCUAUCUAAAACGGCACACCACUGUAGGUCUUUCUAAAACAGCACACCAAUGUUAGUCUGUCUAAAACAGCACACCACUGUAGGUCUGUCUAAAACAGCACACCACUCUUGGUCUGUCUAAAACAGCACACCACUGUUGGUCUGUCUAAAACAGCACACCACUCUUGGUCUGUCUAAAACAGCACACCACAGAGCUUGGUUGGGGAAGGAAAAUGAAUGGCAACUUUCCGUACUGUAUUGUCCCCAUUUUAAAGAAGUGUAAAUACAUCCUCCUGGCCUUCUAUGAGUAAUCCCAGUAUGUAAAUCCAAACCAUAUCAAAUUUGCAUGUCUGACAGAGGUCCACUGUCCUGUGGCGAUACUAUCAUUGCCGUAUUGCUAUCGUGACACUGUUGGGUUAAUGAAACCAGGCUGGUCGUGGCAGGUUUGGAGAUUGUUGGAGAUUUUUAUCAACAAAGGGCUACAAUUAUAUACAUUAUUCUGUUAUGUUGAUGGCUGCUGACAACACACUUCAAGUUGGGAUUGCAGAGACGGGUAGAAACUGAGAGAAGAUAAUUACUGAUAAUAUACAGAUGUAUGACUGUAAGUCGCUUUGGAUAAAAGCGUCUGCUAAAUGGCAUAUUAUUAUUAUUAUUAUUAUUUCGUUGAUACAUGGUUAUUCUUCGUCUUACUAAGGAGGACCCCAAUGGUCCCUAGGCCCCACUUUGAGAAGCACUUCCCUAAGACAUUUCAGUAUCACAUUGCCAUUGUCAUUUCUGAGGAUUUGAGAUUUCAUUAUAGGCCCCGUCUAAUGCAUCCAGUUUGGUUUCAUAUCAACAAACUCGAUGUGCAAGCCAAUAUGAAGACCACAGUGACUAGUAGCAUAUCCUAGCAACUGAGGCACACAGCGCUAAUGUCAGCUUUGUUUUCAAUAUAUGACAGCCAUUUUACAAUGGCAAACCGCCUUCGCUAGAACCUGAAUGUUUGAGAGGCCAUAUGGCCUUGCUUCAAGCUAACACACUGAUAACAAAAAUAAAUGCAAAUACAGUAAUUGCCACCUGUUUGGCUAAAGGACGUGAGAAGACCUGGACUUCAGAAAAUGACCAACACAUUCGUGGCUAAAUCUACUACUAGUCCCUGUAGCAGUGAAACCACGCUAUGUCUUGAAACCUGAUUUGUAGUGGCGUAAAGCUUAAUAAAGAGCAGUGAUACUAGCAAGGGCAGUGUGUGGGUUUCUUCUUUUUCUCAUGUUACCAUGCACCUGCAACAAAGAUAGCUCAAAUGUGCGAGCGCCUUUUGAAUUUUAGUGAUGAAGAGCCAAAAGCAGCCUUACAAUAGGACGACAUGUUUGGUCAGUUAAUGAGAUUCUGAAUUAUUGAUAAUAAAACAAUUUAUCUUAGCUGCCACAGUCCCAAUAGAGUUUGAAGUUGAUCAUAGUGUUCCCAGAGGGCUGGUUUGUGACAGUAUGAACCCCUCUGAUAUCUUCCAGAUGGCCCUUACAACCUGGCUGUAAAGUCUGACCAUGGCCUGAGGACCGGGGAGGUCUUCACAGUGAACCCUGGUGAGCUGGUGUUCUUCAACUGUCAGGCCGACUCCAACCCUCCCAACAGCUGUAUGUGGAUCUCCAAGACCAACAAUGCCACUGAGGUCAUCACUGUGGGACUGCGCCUGGAGGUCACGUCAUACAAACUGGCCCAGGCCGAGGAGUUCCUGUGUAGGGCCUUCAACAACGUGACCCAGAAGCAGGACGAGACCCAGUUCACCCUGGUGGUGGCCAGCCUCGGGACAGGUGGGUAG